AUGAGUGUGUACCUGCUGGUUCUGUGUCUGGCUUUGCUGCAGCAGGAGGCAAGAGCCAAGCCAGACCCACCAGGCUGCAGUAAUCCUGAGGCUGUGAGGGUGGCUGAAGAGGCCCUGGACAAGAUCAACCAGGACCGGACAAAGGGUUAUGUCCUGAGCCUUAACAGACUGUACGACCUCUCUCACACUCCUGACAAGGAGAAGGGGGGGUCACUCUACAAAUUGACCAUCGAUGUUAUGGAGACCAAAUGCCACAUCACCAGCAGCAAACCAUGGAAACAAUGUGAAGCCAGAGAUAUUGGUGGUGUUCCUGUGUAUGGAGAGUGUGAGGUGUCUGCCUUCAUCGACUCUCAAGUCACACUCCAAAGUUACUCCUGUGCCCUGCGUGAAGUUCCCGCCACUGCAGUAGUGGCUGAGUGUCCAGACUGUCCAACAGCAGACAACUUGGAUGAUCCUGUUGUAAAGGAGACGGCUAAUCUCUCCCUGCAGAGGUUCAACGAAGAGAGCCGUCUGGCCAACUACUUCACUCUGGAGAACAUCACCAAGGCGAGCUCACAGUGGGUCAGCGGUCCUUCAUACUUUGUGGAGUUUACCAUAGUGGAAACGGUGUGUUCAAAGACAACAGAUGCCAGUGAACUGAGCAACUGCCCUCCAAUGAACUGUCAGUUUGCUCACCGAGGCUUCUGUGAGGGCUCACACUUUACCCAUGAGGAGGAGUUUAAGGUCCGACUCCCUGCUGGGAAAAGAAAUAAACUUCAGAGUCAUAAUGUGGUGGAUGUGAAGUGUGAGAUCUUUGAACCUCAGGCUGCUGUUCUGGAGGAGCAGGCCCACGUUGAAGCAGACAGCGGACACUCUGUCCAUCAGCACUACAACCACACACACCUGCACCCCCAUGAGCACACACACUCAGUGACACCCAGUGUCUCGAAGCCACGGGACUCCCUGGGGACCAUAGUGUACCUGCCUGCUCCAGUUAGAGCCUCUCCAGCAGCCAGCUCCUGCCCCGGUCCUCAUAGACACAACCUGGGGUUAGAGAAACUCAGGCUCUAAUUGGCUGAGCCUUGACGCUUGUUCAUUGAUCUGAUAGUCAGACACUUUAUUCCUGUAUGUUUUAAUUACCUUGGAUAAAAAAUAAAAUUAUCCUAGAGACAGAAUAUCAUCGUAAAUAAUCAGACUACUUUAAUUGUUCAUUAAAGCAUUUACAUUGCAAAUAGUUAUUUUCUUGCAUGACAUGGGAUUUAUUUGGAAUAUUCAAAUGUAUUAACAUUUGGAAAUCAUGCAAAGUGGAAUGGGGACAUAGGGUAUAUCACACGUUAAUGCUUUAAACUU